AUGAAGGUCGUGAACAUUUUCCCUUCUCUCUGUGCGCUGCCCGGUUACUGCAGUCCCACAUGGAACGACCAUGGUGGUCUCACUGUGAGUACCUCGUCGGGAUCAAUUUACGGCAAGAUCGAUCCCGCUGCACCAGACGUACGCCAGUAUCUGGGAAUCCCUUUCGCCAAAUCACCCCUGGAUGAUCUGAGAUUUGCGCCUCCACAGGCGCUAGACAGCAGCGCGGCUACGAACCGCGUCCACGCAACCGAGCUGCCCCAAAGUUGUAUGCAGUUCUUGGGCUCGGGCGCCUCGGUGUACAACCGCGAAAUCCUCGAAUUCGGCCUUCAAGGCCUCAACACUACUGGCAGUGUCACCGAAGACUGCCUGACUCUGUCUGUAUGGGCACCAAAGAACGCUAAAAAGCAAGAGCUUCUUCCAGUGCUAAUAUAUGUCUAUGGUGGCGCGUUCCAGACUGGUGGUCAGGACGUGCCUUAUCAAAUCCCAACCCAGUGGGUGCAACGUACCCAGGAUCACAUCGUGGUGUCAUUCAACUAUCGACUCAACAUCUUCGGAUACCCAAAUGCUGCUGGUAUCAAUCCUACGGCCCAGAACGUGGGAUUGUUAGACCAACGUCUGGCGGUCGAAUGGGUACGGGACAACAUUGCAGAGUUCGGCGGAGAUGCUUCCAGAAUGGUCCUUUGGGGCCAGAGCGCAGGCUCAACGGCCGUUGUGAACUUCGUCUACUCGUAUGCUGAGGAUCCCAUCAUCUCCGGCUUCAUCGCAGACUCGGGAGUCCCCCAGGAUGCCCCUAGCGCGCCACCCGCCUCAAAUUUCACCUUUGUUGCCUCAAAUCUUGGUUGCGGUGACCUGUCACCGUCCGCAGAACUCGCUUGCAUGCGGAAGCUCCCGGCCGCCGACCUCGAGAACUUCCUUGCCAACUACUCCAACACGCAGACGCAGCCUGCCCUCCGCUUUUGGCCCAUCCCCGACAAUGUGACAAUGCCCUACAACUUCACCGACCGUGCUCUAAAGGGCAAACUCCCUUCGAUUCCUGGCAUCAUCGGCAGCAACGCGCAAGAUGGCGUGCCCUUCGCGCCCUACAACCCUUCGGGCCCCAACGCCACAACCGCCGAGAACGCUCGCCUCUCUGUUUUCUUCUGCCCGGUAACGUACCAGAUCCAUCUCCGCCAGCAAGCCGGCCUCGACACCUUCUCGUACUUCUACGGUGGUAACUUCAGCAACAUUGCGCCCAAGCCAUGGCUGGGAGCGUAUCACUCGGGAGAGCUCCCGCUCAUAUUCGGGACCCAUCCGGAUUUCCGAGGACCGAGUACAGCAUUCGAGUACGAGACCAGUCACGCCAUGCAGGAUGCGUGGGUGGCAUUUGCUGCUGGUGGCGCGAAAGGGUUGGAGAGCACAGGAUGGAAGACGUAUACGGCUCUAGGAGAUAAUUCGGUGAGGAACUUUGGGAACGCGACUACAGGAGAGGCAGUGGGGGACGUUGCGCUGGGCUGGUCCGAGCAGAGGUGCCAGGGAUCCAUGCUCAAGUCCUCCUUGUAG